AUGGCACCUUUACAAAAGAAGCAGCAGACCUUAUCUGCUUUCUUCAAGAAGCCUCCGUCUUCUCCAUCUGCCACGCCCGCUCAAGGAAUACCCUCCGAAGAGGAUGACGACGAGGUGUUGUUACCUACCGCAAAAAGGCGCAGAACUACUCCCGUCACUGGAGACGUGGACAGGUUUGGUGAGCACGAAAGAGAUGGAAUUGUCGAGAACCCGGGGGUGUUGAGACCGGUUGCGGCCGAUGACCAGACGACUCCCCUAACCUCCAACGAAACCUCAGGGACUGGAAGAACGUCAAAAUAUCUAUUCUCGUCAUCGCCUCUCCAGGAAACCGAGGAAUGUGGAGGCCCAGAAAAGAAGAGAAAGGACGAAUUACAUCGGAAAUUUGUGAAGAAACUUGGAAAUCCAGAUAGCAUUGCUGAAAUCAAAAGGAGGAAUCGAGCAAUAGAAGAGGAUACAGCAGACCCGGAAAAUGAAGAUGGAGAGGAAGAACUCCAUGAAGAAGUGCCAAAAUCGAUGUCUCACGCUAGAGCAGGAGUCAAAAAGGGAGGAAGUAAAUUGACGCCGAUGGAAAAACAAGUCAUAGAAAUCAAAAGGGCUCACAUGGACACCCUACUGGUUGUUGAGGUCGGUUACAAGUUUCGAUUCUUUGGGGAAGAUGCAAGAAUUGCGGCGAAAGAGUUAAGCAUUGUGUGCAUACCGGGCAAGUACCGGUUUGACGAGCAUCCGUCCGAAGCUCAUCUGGAUCGAUUCGCUUCUGCUAGUAUUCCUGUUCAUCGAUUACAUGUCCAUGUCAAACGGCUGGUCACCGCAGGCCAUAAAGUCGGAGUUGUUCGCCAGCUUGAGACUGCUGCCCUCAAGGCUGUUGGUGACAACAGAAAUGCACCAUUCGUUCGAAAACUCACAAAUCUCUACACCAAAGGCACUUAUAUCGAUGAUAUUGAGGGUAUCGAAGAGGAUAGCAGAGGAAGCCCUUCACCACAAUCACCGUCCACUGGCUUUCUGCUUUGCAUGACCGAAGUCAACGUCAAGGGUUACGGAAAUGACGAAAAGGUUCAUGUUGGUCUAGUGGCUGUCCAACCUGCAACAGGGGAUGUUAUCUUUGAUGAUUUUGAAGACGGUUUCAUGCGCAGCGAGAUCGAAACAAGACUACUCCACAUCGCUCCCUGCGAGUUUUUGAUCGUGGGUGAACUCUCUAAAGCGACGGAAAAGCUUGUCCUUCACUUAUCAGGGAGCAAGACAAAUGUGUUCGGGGAUAAGAUCCGAGUUGAGCGAGUGGCGAAGCAGAAAACCAUGGCGGCACAAGCACACAGCCAUAUAUCGACGUUUUAUGCUGGAAAGUUGAAAGAAUCAGGUUCCGAGCAAGGCAAAGCAAUCAAGACAUUCGACAAGAUUCUAGGUUUGCCCGAGAACGUUUCUAUCUGUCUAUCGGCCAUGAUCAAUCACCUUUCUGAAUAUGGACUUGAACAUGUCUUCCAACUCACCAAAUAUUUCCAGCCGUUUUCAGCCCGCUCUCAUAUGCUGUUGAAUGGCAACACAUUGACGAGUCUGGAGAUAUAUCAGAAUCAGACGGAUCGUACCACUAAGGGAAGCCUUUGCUGGAUGAUGGAUCGGACACAAACCAAAUUCGGUGGGAGACUGCUUCGAAAAUGGGUUGGCCGACCUCUUUUGGAUCGGCAAGGCAUCGAAGAACGACUGAACGCUGUUGCAGAACUGCUUGACCCAGAAAAAACCGCCAACGUUGAGAAACUGAGGCGUGUUCUGUCUAAAAUCAGAACGGACCUGGAAAAGAGUUUGAUAAGAAUCUAUUACGGCAAAUGUUCGAGGCCUGAAUUGUUGAAUGUUUUGCAAUCACUUCAAUUCCUAGCCAGUGAAUUCGCACACGUUACCGGUGCUGCAUCUACCGGCUUCGAUUCUACCAUCAUCUCAUCCGCUAUGACGUCUCUGCCACUGAUCUUAACAGACGUAGUGGCAUAUCUUGACAAAAUCAAUCUUCAAGCGGCGAAAUCUGACGACAAGUACGAGUUCUUCCGAGAUGGUUCUGAAACAGACGCGAUUGCAGAACAUAAAUUUGGCAUUGCGGGCGUCGAGCACGACUUGGAUGAAUUUCGCACAACCGCCGCUGAGAAAUUGGGGAAGAAGCGACCGGUCGAUUAUGUAACCGUGGCGGGAAUAGGUUACUUGAUUGAAGUCGAGAACAAUUCUGCUACAAUUAAAAAGGUCCCUGCUUCCUGGACGAAGAUUUCAGGGACCAAAAAGGUCUCAAGAUUCCAUCCACCUGAAAUUGUCAAGUUGUUGCGUGAACGCGAUCAGCAUAAAGAAUCUCUCGCAGCGGCUUGUGACAAAGCAUAUAAGGACCUCCUUGCCGACAUCAGCACGAAAUACCAGCUAUUUCGGGACACCAUUCAAAGCCUAGCAAUCCUGGAUUGUCUUCUUUCGCUUGCGAAUGUGGCGUCUCAACCAGGCUAUGUCAGACCCGAUUUCACUAACGGCACCCAGAUUUGUGUCGAGGGAGCUCGCCAUCCCAUGGUUGAACAACUUCUAAUCGACACAUACGUCCCGAACAAUAUCUCCAUCUCCCAAGAAGCAACGCGAGCUCUACUUGUGACAGGUCCAAACAUGGGUGGCAAAUCUUCCUACGUGCGCUCCGUCGCCCUCAUCUCGAUCAUGGCGCAAAUCGGCUCAUUCAUCCCGGCCACGUCCGCGACACUGGGCAUUCUCGACGCCGUCUUCACGCGUAUGGGCGCCUUCGACAACAUGAUGUCCGGCGAGAGUACUUUUAUGGUGGAGCUGAGUGAGACAAGCGAUAUUCUCAAGCUGGCGACGGAACGCAGCCUCGUCGUCCUCGACGAACUCGGCCGGGGCACUAGCACGCACGAUGGGGUCGCAAUUGCAGCCGGCGUGCUCGAUUACCUCGUUCGUGAACGCAAGUGUCUCACCCUUUUCAUCACGCAUUACCAGAUGCUGGCGCACAUGGCAAAUGGCUUCCCACGUGGCGAGUUGAGGAAUGUCCACGUGCGCUUCACGGAGGAGGACGACGAAAAUGUCACAUUCUUGUAUGAAGUUGCCGAAGGCGUGGCCCAUCGCAGUUACGGAUUAAAUGUGGCGAGGCUGGCAAAUAUUGGUCAGAGCGUCAUUGAUAUGGCAAGAGAAAAGAGUGCAGAGCUCGAGACGACUACCAAAGCGAGGCAGAUUGCUGCGAUGGCGAGGAUGCUAGCCGGCACGGAUGUGCGAGAGGUAGGAACGGAGAGGCUCGAUGCGCUCGUUGAAGGGAUUGAGAUGCUUUGA